GAUGCACUGCUCCUUCCAACAUGCUGUAAAGAAAGAGGAACGUUUAUUACUUCUACAUUUGUACUUCACAACUACAUUACUAAUCUCUAUCACAUCAAGUAACAGAACCCUGGAAUGAUGAGUGGGUUCAUUCAGAGGGUCAACCCAUUUAAAUCCUCCUCACAGGUUACACAGGAAAAAGAAGAUGUACACCAUAAAGAAGUCACAGAGAAGAACCCUGGAGUAGUAAUGGGGCUGCUUCAAAAAGUAAACCCAUUCAGGUCUUCCUCACAGGGCUGUAACGAGGUCAUUUCCUCCCAAAACACAGAUGAAUGCAAGCAGGAAGAAAUGUUGCCAUCCACUCCACUUAGUGAGUCCAGUUCACCCAAGAUGCUUGGCUUUGAAUGGGAUCAUUUUAAGCAGGACUCUGUUGAAAGUCCCACUGGGCUGGAAACGUCAGUACCUAGUGAGGGCAGUCCUCCAGAGACUAAUGAUGAUGAUGAAGAUUUAUUGAAUUGGUGGGGAACAGUGAAAGGUUGGAGUGAAUGGAAUGAGUCGACAAACUUUGAGGGAGACGAUGCAGAACAAGCUAUAGAAGAAGCCGCCGAUCGUGUCUUCAUGGCUGCCCGUCUCUUUGUUCAUUUAUUUAACCAGCGCGAGACGUUGUUGCAUCAGCGAGUAAACGAGCUCCUAUUGGUAGCUGAGGCAGCUGACAGUUUCCAUAAGAAAACAGUUACCGCUAGCAUUGGUGGAGGAGUGGCUAGCGUAGCCGGCAGCAUCACCACUAUCACAGGACUGGCAUUGGCACCCUUCACAUUUGGGACGUCGCUCAUUGUAACAGCAGUUGGCAUCGGUGUGGCAACAGCGGGAGGACUGACCUCGGCAUCCGCCAACAUCACAGACACGAUGCAUUCAAGGACAGACCGGACCAAAGUGGAGCAGAUCAUCCUCGGCUACCAGGAGGAGAUCAAGGACAUUAAAGAAUGUCUUCAGUUUUUGCAGGCUGGUAUGGAAACCUUAGAGGAAUGGAACUUCGAGCAGUACAUGGAUAGCAUCUCCAGGCGCGCCAUGAACAAGAAUGUGAAGCAUGUGGUGAAGGAGGGCGGAAGUGCCGGCAAGGCGCUUCUGAUAAACGCAGAGAGCCUGGCGAGCACCGUGCAAGUCCUCGGUGCUGCCGGUGGAGCUGCCAAAGCCGCCCAGGUCCUCAGCGUUGCCAGCGGAAUUAUGGCUGGCCUCUUUCUAGCCCUUGAUGUUUUUUUCUUGGCCAAAGACUCUGUAGAACUGCACAAAGGGGCUAAGACUCAGUUUGCGGCCAAGAUUAGAGAGGUGUGCAAGGAGCUGCAGGAUGGCCUCAUUGAGCUGAAGAAGAUAAAAGAACAACUAGAGGAUAUCAUGGACAAUGUGGAGGAGGAAGAGGAGAGUGAAAAUAGUGAUGCUGAGGAAGAUGAGAAUAAAGAAGAUGAAUACAAAGUACAGACUGAGGAAGACAACUGAACACAGUUGAGGUAAAAGGUGACAAGAAACAAGUGAUAAGCACUUCAGAUACUUUAAGUAUCAAAGAAUGCCAAGCUAAGAAAUAUUUUGCCGCCACAGCAUGAAGGUUUUGGGUUUGAUUCCCAGGUGGAGCGAUCUAGGUCCUUUCAGUGUGGAGUCUUGAUGUUUUCACUGUGUCUGCAUGGGUUUCUCUGGGUGCUUCCGGAUUCGACCUACAGUCUAAAGACAGUAACAAAGAUAGUCAAGUUAAGUAGAGAUACUAAAGUCCCGGUGUAUGAGUGUGUGUGUCUGUGUGCCCUGUAAUGGACUGCCGACCCGAAGAGGUGUCAAUUGCCCAGUUAAUCGGACCCACCGCGACCUUAGGAUAAAGCAGUGGUAUAUAGUUUAAGGUAAGGUUAUUUAUAAUUUAAAAUUGGGGGCUUUUAUUGAAAGGUGCUAGGAUGGCAUCAUGGGAAAAAAUUUAAUAGCUGAAAAUUUUGUGGCUUUGUAAAACAUACUUAAACAAAUCAAAUCAUUUUAAUUAACAAUACAUUUUUGGAUCCAACAAUCUGUCACAUAAGUAGCAAAAGAUGUUGGUUGCUCCCUGGCAAGUUAUGUCUUAAACUGGUGGAAGUGUAAACAAAUGGAAGGUUAUUAAAGGUUAUUAUUUAAGAAUACAGGUAGAACAAGAAAGACUUAAAGCAAUACAUCAUUGAAAUAGAAAAUGCACAUUAACAGAAAUCAAAAACAAAUACAUAGAAACAGGAGUCAGCGUUCAUGACAGAACUGUAAAAAAUUGUCUGAUGGAAAUGGGAUUUGUAUCUGAUAGAGCCAAACUAAAACCAGCACUAACAUCUAACCAGUAGAAAAGAUGCAGUGGGCUAAAGAGAAGGGUGUGGAUGAUUGGAGUAGGAUGUUAGAGUAGGAUCAACAUAUAAGUCCAAUUUUAUUUAUUUAUUUUAAACCUUUGAUUCCUUUAAUUCCUAAAAUUGAGGUAAAUGGUACAUUUGUACAAAGCAAUCUUUUUUCAUUUCAAAAGUAGUACGUCUUGGAAAUAUGUUUGUUAUACUGUAGAAAUGGUGCAGGUAGUAAAAUAGGAUGUUUGUGUACCUUUAUAUUAAGCACAAUACACACAAUACUGUUAUUAAAAUUUGAAAUAAAAAUAUGAGUGCAAUAUGAAUUACAGAUAAAAGAUUACUUACUUUUAAAAUACUACAUUAUACUAUACUGAAUUACUAUUAUUUUAUUUAAGUGAGUGCAGCAAAUUUUGCAAGGCAGUUUGGAGCUCAAAUCAUACUAGUAGCACAGUAGUACUUUAUUAACCACUGAUCCAGGGGGUGACGGUCUACGCUAUUUAUAGCUUUCACACAUUAAUUUCAAGUUGCUAAAAUGCGCAUUAUGGGAUUAAAACGGCAAUGAAUUUAUUGAAGCACUAGAAGAUUGUAAUGGACCAGUGUAUUAUAAUGUAAAUGUGUUGUAAAUAUAGAAAUAUUCAUUGUUUUAUUUGCCUGGCUGUUAAAAUAAUAAAAUUUUAAGCAGAAUACUAUAAACAAGAUGGGUAAGGUAAACAAAACUAUGUGUGAUUUCUGACAUUGUUUUUUUUUUAGUUACUGUAACAAUAAAAACAGCUGUAAAUGUAUUUCUGCUAUUGUACAAUUUCAGCUCCUGACUACCAAUCUAUCCAUUAUUUACCUUGCAGGUUAAAGCACUGUAAAGAGCUGCCACUGUAUGGUCCUCAGUGGUUCAUUUCAUGAUUGACCUUAUGCUUUGAACUGCAAGGCAAACAAUUCAAGUGUGCAUUAUAUGGCCAAAAGAAUACACACAUUCCUAUUAUUACGUUACUAUAGAUGUUUGUCCCACCCAUUGUUAAAGGUGUAUAAAAAUUUCCAUUCAUUUUCAUGUUAUACAAUCACUUUAACCUAUUCUGGGUCUAUCAUUGGACACAAUGCAGGGUCUACAACCCUGUGAUACUAUAGACCGGCUGGCGUCCACAUGUUUGGCUACGCUCGAGAGGAGGGGAUGGUCAAAGCACUGCAAUGGAUUGGUGUCCUGUCCCAGGGUAUUCCUGCUUUGUGCCCAGUGUUUUCCAGGAUGUAGCAGUUGAUGAAAAUUAAAUUAACUUUGUGGGGACAGUUUGGGGAAGACUUUUUUUCCCUGUUCCAGCAGCAUGCACAGAUCACUAAGCUUAUUGAACACUUUUUGGAUGAAUUACGAUGUCAGUUGCAAUCCAGGCCUUGAACAACAAAUGCCUGACUCUACAUAUGUUUAUUCACUAAAUAAGCAGAACUUUCCUAAACAGAGUCCAACAUUUUUUGUAAACUCUUCCAUGUGAGUGUUUUGACUAAUUUGACUAGUCUUGCAUUGCACGUGUAGUAGUAAAAUAAGGAUUGGCAUUUUGCAUAAGUUCUGAAAGAUGUUAACAACCAGCUGUAUUGCCAAAUACAGGGAAAAGCUCUGGAUUUACAGCGGGAUCUAACUUUUUUCAGCUGUAAAUACAUUCAUGUGUAUUACAUGAGAAAACGCAUCAGAAAUCACUGCUGAGAGAUCCACUUUAAUUCUUCUACUUCUGAGUGUGUUUCGAGCAUUUUAUCAAUGACGAUGAAGCAUCUGUUUGCACUCCUGUUUUUUACAGUUGUUGUUCCACUGGUCCUGGCUGUCCCUCGCAAGUACUAUCUGAUCCUGCCGGGGAAAACAUGGAGUGAUGCACAGACUUAUUGCCGAGCCACACACUCAGACCUGGCUACCAUCGAAACCAGUGAUGAAAUGAUCAAACUUCAAAAUGUAGCACAGACCCAAUCUUUUGCCUGUAUUAUAAUAACAAAUACAGCUGGCGCUGGUCCAUAGGAAAUGAAACACUUGGACCUGUGGCAUUUUGGUGUACAGGGGAGCCUAACAACUGGGGAGGCUGGGAAAACUGCAGUAUCACAAAUACAGCAUGUUGGAUGGAUUAUGAGUGUACUGUUUCAUUUCCAUUUGUCUGCUUUAAUGACAGAUUCACUGGUUCUGCUAGAUACAUUUACAUCUCUACCUCUAUGACAUGGUUUGGUGCUCAGAAAUACUGCAGAACAUUUCACACCGAUCUAGCCAGUGUGAGAGACGCAACAGAAGACUCAGUUGUCCGGGGAAAAAUCAGUGGAGAUACUUGGAUUGGCCUAUUCAGAGAUUCCUGGAGGUGGUCAGAUAAGACAAACUUCUCCAAUGUUAACUGGAUGCCUGGGCAACCUGAUAAUUAUACCCAGACACAAAGCUGUGCUUCUGUACUUAAUGGACAAGCAUCUGAUUAUACAUGCUCAGAUAUUAAGUCUUUCUUUUGUUACAGAAUAAUCACAGGACAACAACAAUUCAUAAAGCUGAAGGUUCAGUCUAGUGAAGAUGUGAAUAAUGAUGUGAUAAAGGAGGCUAUUUUGGAGAAGAUUAAGCAGAAGCUGAUUGAUCUUGGGCUGCAAGAUAUCAAGGUGAAAUGGAGGGAGCAACCAGGUGGAUUGGUGUUUCACAAGAAGAUAGAAUAGAAAAUACGCAUUUGACUUUUAAGUUAGCUCAUUUACAGUUUGUAUUAGUUACUUCUUUUGAAUGGAGUGUGUUAGAUUGUUUAAUGUGAUUUGUUAAUUCUCCUAAAUACACAACACAAGUGGAAAGAGGGGAUUUCAUAUGUUUACACUGAGCAACUUUAUUGUAUUCUGUAAAUAUAAAAACAUUUAGAAAUUGAUGCCUGCAAUACACUUCAGAACGCUGGCACAGAAGCGUGUUUAUCCCUGUGUUAUAUCACCUUUCCUAUAUGUCGCCUCACAGCAAGAAGGUCCUGGGUUCGAUCCCCAGGUGGGCCGGUCCAGGUCCUUUUUGUGUGGAGUUUGCAUGUUCUCCCCGUGUCUGUGUGGGUUUUCUUCCGGGUGCUCCGGUUUCCUCCCACAGUCCAAAGACAGUCCAAUGCAGUCAGGUGAAUUGGAGAUACAAAAUUGUCCAUGACUGAGUUUGGCAUUAAACUUGUGAACUGAUGAGCCUUGUGUGGUGAGUAGCUACCGUUCCUGUCAUAAAUGUAACCAAAGUGUAAAACAUGAUGUUAAAAUCCUAAUAAACAAACAAACAACUUUCCUAUAAAUGAGACUCAUUAAUGGUUUGGGAACUGAGGACACUAGACACUAGUCCCAGAGUGUAUUGCAGGCAUCAAUUUCUAAAUAUUUCUAGUUGAUCAGUACAAAAAUUGCAAAUCUUACUAAUGACAAAUUCUGCAUUUUUACUGCAUUUUACACAAUGUCCUUACUUUUUUUUCUAAAAUGGGGUUUGUAAUCAGUAGUUAGUCAGAUUCUUUAUCACUACCAGUUUACACGCUGUAUUUUCUAUGAAAUGAACACCAAAGGGUGAAUGGGAAGAAAUUUUUCUAUCACACUGUUCUGGAGUCUGUCUUGCCUCGGAAUAUCGUAGUCCAAUCAGCGUCGAGUUGUGUUCCGUACAGUACCGCCCCUUUUGGGGUGAUUUCAGUCAGACUGAAAAUUGCCCUGGAUUGCUCUCAUAGACUCUCAUGUUAAGGUUGUAGGCACUGCAAUACAUUCUGAAUGGGUUCCGGGAGGGCUCACACUUACGUGCUUGCGUCACACGUAACCUGGUGUCGCGAUGACUACUAUUACCUCAGUUCGGAGCAACUCCAUCUUGUAAUCAGGAUACAUUAGAAUCUAAAGAAUUAGGGCCACCCAAGACCAAAUUUAAAAAUCAAGCAAGUAUCUACAAAAUAUAUAAGUUACAAGUAAAUUACAAGUAAGUAAUGUAAUUUUUAAAUUGUGAAUUGUAAUUGCACUUAUUGUAUCUCCCCAAUUGUUUAAUUGUACUUCUUUAUUCAUUGCACAUCAGCCCCGAUGCCAAUCUUUAUUCUGGAUCUGCUGCACCUAAAAUAAAAUGCUACCUGAUGAAGACUGAAUUAAAUUGUUAGUGUGAAGGCUUUAAUUAAUUUUAUGAUUAAUGGUAAAGCUGGUCUCUCUCUCCAUGUUCAAAGUUAUUUGUGAGGGCAAACUGACAGAUGACUUAAGAUGUUAAAUAUUUAAGCUUUAAUUUACCCAUUGAACGGAGAGAUUUGGCAGGAGCCGCCACUGGAAAUGAAGUGUUACUGCAGUAAAUUAUAUCAAUGAUAUCAUAAUGUAAAGACAAGAGUUGGCUGUUUUUCUUUGCAUAAUAACUUUAAACUGCAGCGAUUGCCUCCUGGGUUUUACAAUCCUCCUGAGUGCUAUGUGCCAUCUAGUGACUGCUUUGGGUAACUAACAGUAAAGCUUAAAAAAAAAAAAACACUGAAAUUUUUUAUACGACACAAUAAAAAAUUAUUGUCUACUA